AUGGCCUCAAGCUUUGCAUCCAAGCGACUGGCUAAAGAGCUUUCCAAGCUCAAUACCGGUCUACCGCCUGGCAUUGACCUCAUAUCCGCCGACAACUUCGAGGAGUGGCAUAUGGAUAUCAGGGUCCUCGACGACAAUCCGCUGUAUCGCAACGAGGUCUACAGACUCAAGUUUAAAUUCUCUCAACAGUACCCUAUUGAACCUCCGGAGGUCACGUUCGUGAAAACAACCGAGCGACCGAUCCCAAUGCAUCCCCACAUAUAUUCCAACGGCAUUAUCUGCCUGGACCUUCUCGGAAACCAGGGCUGGAGUCCCGUACAAAACGUAGAGAGUGUCUGCAUGAGCAUACAAAGCAUGUUGACCGGAAACGAGAAGAAUGAGCGACCCGCUGGUGAUGACGAGUUCGUGCGGAGCAACCGCCUCCGACCAAGAGACAUUGACUUCUACUACCAUGACAACACCCGAGCAGCGGUCAGUCUGCAGCUGCCACCAACAACCAGCUCCCAAACGCAUGGAGAGCUCAAAAUGGCCCCUCGAGCUAGCUUCAACACGGACCAGAUAAAGGACAAAGCUAGAAAGGACCUCCUUUACCUGCUCGAGGCUGUCCGUGGAAAGAAGAACCUCAUCCUUGAGCGCAGCUUAGCCGGCCCCAUCGGCACUAUUGUGAAGGUCGCGACGCUUCAGGAGUACGGAGUCGACAAGUUCUUUUUCCUUGAGAACCAGAACGCCGACACCAGUCAGCGAAAUGUCAUCUUUAUAGCUCGAGGCGAAUGCGCGCGUCAUGCGCAAACGAUAGCAGUCACUGUGUCAAGCACGAUAUCUAUCGUCGUAACCGAUCAAGGACCGACCUUAACUCGCGAAACUCAUGUCUCGGCUGGCAGUCGCUGGAGUAGUACUGACAUCCUGAUAGAGCAGAUCCGACGGCUACAGCGUGAAAGUCAGACGGGCCACGACUUUCACAUUUUCUGGGUGCCCCGGCGGACGCUCGUAUCAGACAAGCUUCUCGAAGAGGCCGGCGUCCUUGGAGAUGUCAACAUCUCGGAGCUUCCCCUCUACUUCUUCCCGCUGGAGAAAGACGUUCUCUCACUAGAACUAGACGACUCGUUCCGCGAUCUCUACCUGUCGAAAGAUGUCACACCAUCAUUCCUCCUCGCCAAGGCUUUGAUGGAAAUCCAACAGAAUCAUGGCUUGUUCCCGCGUAUAAUUGGUAAAGGCGACAACGCGAAACGAGUAGCCGAGCUCCUCGCUCGCAUGCGACAAGAAAUCCUCGCCGGCGAAGACGCGAGUGAAGCGACGAGAGCCGGCCUCACCCCGAGCACCUUGACCGAAAGCGUCAUUAUCAUCGACCGCGAGGUUGACUUUGUCACUCCCCUCCUCACCCAAUUGACAUACGAGGGACUGAUUGACGAAGUGUUCGGCAUUCAAAACAACCAGGCCGAGGUCGAUACUACCGUAGUUGGCGCCCCAUCGCAGUCAUCGACGGCCAGCGCUCAAGCAAGGAAACGUAAGAUUCAGCUGGAUUCCUCCGACAAGCUCUACGAACAGCUCCGGCACACCAAUUUCGCAAUUGUUGGAAGCCUGUUGAACAAGGUUGCUCGCCGACUGCAAAACCUACAAAAGGACUACGAGGGACGAAACAGUCAAAAGUCUAUUGCCGAGCUGAAAGACUUCGUCAGCAAAUUGCCUGGCUACCAGGCCGAGCAACAGAGCUUGAGGAUUCACACGGGCUUAGCAGAGGAAAUUAUCAAGUACACAAGAACAGACCAGUUCAAAGGCCUGUUGGAGGCCCAACAGAACCUAGCUGCUGGAGCGGAUCCAUCCACUCAGUUCGAGGCCAUAGAAGAGCUGAUCGCACGCGACACACCCUUGCCAGAGGUUUUGAGGCUGCUUUGCAUAUAUUCAUGUAUAUCUGGCGGAAUCAAGCCCAAGGAAUUCGACCAGUUCCGGCGCCUGAUUCUGGAAGGAUACGGGUAUCAGCAUAUCUUGACCCUAAACAACCUGGAGAAGCUCCAACUGUUCUUGUCACGCUCGUCGCCAUUGGCAGAGAUGAUACCAAUGACCGGAGCGACAGGUAGCAACACAGGAACGAAGACCAACUACGCCUAUCUUCGGAAGCUCUUACGACUCAUUGUUGACGAAGUCAAGGAAGACGACCCGAACGAUAUCGCUUAUGUGUACAGCGGGUACGCACCGCUCUCGGUUCGACUCGUCCAAUGCGUCCUACAAAAGCAGUACCUGCUUCAAGUCACCCGAGGAAACGGCGCAAGCGGUGCAACAGGAUCAUCUGCUGCACAAGGCUGGCAUGGAUUCGACGAAGCCGUGAAGCAUGUGCGCGGCCAGACGUUCUAUGAACUGCAAAAGGGCGAAGAAAAGGCCGUCAAGGCUCGCGCGCUCCUCUCCGGAGGAACCGAGAAGCAGACGGUAUUUGUGGUGUUCGUUGGAGGCAUCACGUUCACAGAGAUCGCUGCUCUGCGGUUCAUUGCGAAGCAGGAAGAAGCACGAAGGAACAUCGUCAUCUGCACAACAUCGAUUAUUAGCGGAGACCGAAUGAUGGAAGCGGCCAUCGAGAAGGAGUCGUUUGCUAGAGACAACGUCAAACCUGCCAGUCCGAGCCAUUUGCGACCUCGUGUUAAGCAGGAAUCUGGAUUUGGAAAGGGAUCAUUGAUGGCUUUCUCGAGCCAGGACUCACACAUAUCAGACUUGCCGCCUUCAAGGGCCAAUGCUCCCUUAGAUCGUAUCUCGGCAAAGAACCUUUCAGACUCAACUUCGUCUUCAUCAAGUCGUCUAUCUUCAGAGGCCGUGUCAGAAAUUGCCCCAGAAAUCGUGGUCUGGACGGAAGACAUGGACCUCGAUGACCCGAGCCAAGACGAGGCAGAGCCCUCGCCUACGUUUGAGUCCAAUCAUGAGACACCAAUGGAAGAUGAUGCCACGUCAGAUACCCAUCAAUUACAACUACCCGACGUCCCUCAUGAGUCGUUCGAGUCGCCGACAGAGAAUCUCUCGGAUAGGCAGUCAGAGCUAUCGUCGGCGCCACCGUCCGUUUCUAGUAAGGCAACAACCCCAGUAGACCUCGACGGGCCUCCAGAACAAUCUCUACCAUCGACAGAGAUCGAAACCCCUCCUGUUCGGGAAACACCGCGACGGUCGUUCGAUGUCAAACCAAGAUCGUCUGUCCCAUCAAAUCUCUCAGCCUAUGAAUAUGCGACCUUAUGCAUCGAGGCAGCUGAAUCCUCACGGCUAAACCCCUACGCUCUGCAUGAGGAGGAAUAUCAGAUGCUGCGGCAACAUAUUAGUCACGUCCAAGUGACAACAUACCUCAACAUCAGAAACGGCAUCCUCCGACUAUGGUACAGUAACCCACGGGUUGCAGUAACGAGGAACGAGGCAGUUGGAUGCGCUAGCGCCCGAUGGUUUAACGCGGCAAGCGUCUGUUACGACUGGCUUUUGCGACGAGGCUACAUCAACUUCGGAUGUGUAGAGUUCCCGGAGACGAAAAAAGACGAUGAGCAAAUGACUGACGCAGAAAAUCGCCCGAAGAGAAGGAGAAUAGUCGUAAUUGGGGCUGGCAUGUCAGGCUUAGGGUGCGCAAGGCAUCUGGAUGGCCUCGUCCAACAGUAUUCGGAACAAUUUGGUACCUUGGGAGAAGCCCCUCCAGAAAUCAUCGUCCUCGAAGGUCGCGGCCGUAUUGGUGGGAGAGUCUAUUCGAGGGAGUUCAAGUCGAAGCCGAAGACUCCGCUUCCUGAUUUCGUGGACAAGAGACAUACUGCUGAGAUGGGCGGUAUGAUCAUCACAGGAUUCCACCGUGGCAAUCCAAUGAACAUUCUUGUACGCGGCCAACUAAGCCUGCCUUACCGUGCCUUGCGAUCAGCGACAACCAUCUACGACUCGAACGGCAAGCCCGUAGACCAUACGAGGGAUACUCUAGUUGAGGAGCUGUACAAUGACUGUCUAGACCGCGUAAGCGAGUUCAAAUGGAAAACGCAACCCUCAAAACGCAUCGAGGGCAACCGGGACGCAGUCAAUGAGGGGCGGGAUGCCAACAGUGAUGGACACAGGACAAUCGCUCAAGCUGAGGAAGAAGCUGCGGCUCUUCCACACGCCCCUCCCGUGUCUCAGCAGAAUGUGCCCGAGAGAGUCAACAUGGUGCCCGUAUCCUCUGAUAAGCUGACUGGGCGCGUCCAUACCCAGCCUGGAACGCCGGGGAUCCUCAAAGCAGGCGAGAAGGCAAAGGCCAUGGGGUGGACGCUCAAGAACGGGUUAUCCAAUGAGGCCAAUAUCGAUCUCGGCAAAGCUACUCGCAUGCCCGACGCGACGCUUGGCACAAUAUUUGACGAAGCUGUUGUUCAGUAUCGCAACAUCAUUGAUUUGACGUCACAGGACCACCGCUUGCUUAAUUGGCAUGUCGCCAACCUCGAAUACAGCAAUGCUACGGACAUGUACCAUCUCAGUCUGGGUGGCUGGGACAUUGAUGCUGGUAAUGAGUUUGAAGGCGACCACACGAUGAUCAUCGGCGGGUAUCAGAGCGUUCCCCGUGGCUUGCUGCAUUGUCCUACGCCUCUGGACGUUCGAACUAAGUCGCCUGUUGACAAGAUUGUCUACAGCCUUGAAGAGAACGGUCGCGCGACUGUUCACUGCGAAGACGGAGAAACCGUGGAGGCUGACUACGUUAUCUCGACUAUACCUUUGGGUGUUCUGAAGCAGGGCAACGUCACCUUUGAACCGCCGUUGCCAGAAUGGAAGAGCGAAGCCAUCAAUCGCAUUGGGUACGGCGUGUUAAACAAAGUGGUCUUGGUUUACGAAGAACCAUUCUGGGAUACUCAGAGACACAUCUUUGGCGUUUUGCGGGAUGCAACGAACCGUCACAGCGUUAAUCAGCGCGACUACAACUCACAACGUGGACGCAUGUUCCAGUGGUUCAACGUGACCCAGACAACGGGCCUUCCUUGUCUCGUGGCGUUGAUGGCGGGCGAGGCUGGCUUUGACACUCAAUACAACAGUAAUGACAACCUCAUUGCUGAGGCGACGGGAGUUCUGCGGAGCAUCUUUGGUGCCAAGGUGCCUCACCCAGUUGAAGCCAUUGUUACAAGGUGGUCAGCGGAUAGGUUUGCCAGAGGAAGCUACUCCUCAGCAGGCCCGGAUAUGCAACCCGGAGAUUACGACGCCAUGGCUCGUCCAAUUGGCAACUUGUUCUUCGCUGGAGAGCACACGAUAGGAACACAUCCAGCUACUGUUCAUGGAGCCUACCUGUCCGGUUUGCGAGCCGCGUCCGAGGCCCUGGAGUCGAUGCUUGGGCCAAUUGAAGUGCCAACGCCCUUGGUUCUUUCCAAGGAAAGCAUCUCGAACAAACGAAAGGAGAUGGAGAGGCCCAAGGACCCCGAAGAAGCCCAUAGAGAAGCCUACGAGCUCGCCACCUGGGAGUACAUCAGGUCUCAGAUUGGCGAACGACCCGAGCAACCCCGCAAAGCGGCGGCGAACGCUUAUGUGCUCUUUAGCAAAGCCAUAUUCGAGAUUGCGCGGCAAAAGUGCGAUGCCGAGCGAUCCCACAAGAAGAAGGCUGCUCCGAAUGAGGUGCGGACCAUGACUUCCAAGAUGUGGAAGGCUACUCCCCUUGAGGAGAGAAAGCCAUUUGAGGAUAAAGCUACUGAAAUGAAGGCGGAAUAUGCGGACGCUGUUAAAGUAUACGAGGAGAAGUCGGCGCAGUGGGAAAAGGACUACGUCGAGCACGAGAAGACAUAUCAGGUGGAGCACCCUUUCGUACCCUUGCACCAGGCCAAUGGAGAUGAGUCCAACCGAGAGGGAAGCGCGAAUAAGUAUCGCCGGACCAAGCAUGUCAGCUAUGCCGAAAGUGACGGCAGCGAUAUGGAGUUCUGA